CCACGGUAACAUGUAAACAACAAGGUUGGGAUUAUUUUUGAAAGCUAGGGGUGUUGGAGACUGUGUUAAAGGACUUUUACCAACGGGAUAAGCCCACAGUGGAACACUAUGGCCUUCUUCGGCUUGACGCAGCUGGGUUAUCAAAACCCAAUCGGCGAUAAGAUGAUUGUAAAUCCCCGGGGACAGCCUCCACCUCAGGAUGGCCGCAUGAACGCUGGAGGAGGAUCGGCUCCAUCGUUCCAAGAGCUACUCCAGCCUCCUUCCUACAGCACUGGCGAGCAUCACGGGAGCCAUGAACUGCACAACGAAAUGGUGAAAAAGGCUCAAACAAGCAGAUCUCCUGAUCAGCUGUACAUAAUGCCUCUGACGGACAACCAGCAGUAUGGAUGGAUGUUAUCCAAGAGUUCUGAACCGUGGGCCAGAGUCCGACGGUUUCCUCGAAGAAUCAGUGAGAUGACAAAGUUUGUUAAUGACAUGUCCAGGACGGACCCAGAGUUCAGCCUGUUCUGAUUGCCCUCAUGUUUUGUCUUCAUGACAAAGAAGCCUGCACACACUCCCUCCUACAUGUCCUCCAUAUCAGUGUUGUUACGAAAAUCCUAAAUAAAUAAAGGCCCACAGUUCUGGA